AUGCAUGAGUCGGAGAGCGAGUACAAUGGUUUUAUCUCUUCCAUCUCCACUCGAACCAUCACCGAUCAACCCAUCGGCUUGGGGCAGCUCCUCUCCUUGCUGCUCGCUGCCGAGGCGCGGAUCGCCGCCGAAACUGCAGCCUACACCGCCAACCUUGCUGCAAAGGUUGGUGGCCGUGGCGGCCGCUCCGGGGGCGGCAACAACGGCGACGGCUACCAUGGCUACAACAACAACACGGGUGGCCGCUUCCUCGACAAUCCUGCUGGCGGAAACUCUGGUUGUUCUUCACGCCAGGGUGGUGACCGCGGCGGUGACCAUGGUGACCAGCAGCGUGAACGGUGCCAAAUCUGCAAGAAAAGCGGGCAUGGUGUGUGGCGCUGCAAGAAGCACUAUGACCGUGGCUACAACAACAAUGUGCGGAACCCUGCAGGUGGUGGUGGUGGUGGCGGCGGUGGUAACCAAUCUGCCAAUGUCGCUCACUCCUAUGGGGUUGAUACUAUAUAA